CUUUCACUUUCGUUUUGGAUUUUCCAAACUUUCCAAAUUUUCUUCGAAGCAUCUGAAGCAAUGGAUGACAGAAAAGCCGACAACAUUGACAGAAAGGAUGAAUUAUCCGAUCUCGAUUGCAAACAUGAAACAUAUAGCUCUAUGGAUGGAUUGGGGAAAAACAUAAAAAAAUUUUUCGGCAUCAGUAAAAGUGAUAGUUCUCAAACUUACACUGCAAAUGUGAUUCCUGCUGGGGGUGCUGAAGAUAACCCACAUCAAUCAACCAUUACAGAGGCCACAACGCCAAAAGAUUCAAGGAGAGAGACUGGUGAUAGAAAUGAAGGAAAUGAGGAUUCAUCUACAACAGUUGUUUACAAAGACACAGGAAAAGCCAUGAAAGCUAGCAAUUCUCAAACUUCUCAAUCCUUACAAGCUACAGGUGGAAUAGGAGCUAAUUCACCAGAGCAAAGUCCAAACCUAUCUGUAAACACACAAUAUAUUAUCUCCCCUGAUGAAAAAAAUAAGAGACCAGGUUUAGCCCUCAUCAUCACAGGACAGAAAUUUGCAAUAGGGAAUGGGGAUGUCAGAAAUGGUGCUGAAAAAGAUCUGAGGAAUAUGUUUGAAAUCUUUUACAAUUUAGAUUUUGAGGUUAGAUGGGAACCAUUUGCCAAUAGAACUACAGAAGAUUUAAAAAAUGAAUUAAUUAAAUGUGCUGAAGACCCAACAUUAGAACAAAAAAAGUGUUUAGUAAUUGUUAUCACAUCACAUGGAGGAGAAGUAAAGCUUGGAAGACCAUACAGACCAGAGAACAUUCCCCAUGAUAUCAAUGUAUAUGGGCAUGCCAUCAAUACAUAUGAUGGAAUGAUGCCUACUAAUGAAAUAUUAGAAAUAUUUGAUGUGGACAGCUGUCCAUACAUGGAAGGAAAACCAAAACUUUUAUUCAUUCAGGCUUGUCGAUCCAGAAAUAACAUCAAGUCAGUAGACAAAGGAGUCGAUAUUAGGGUAGCACAAAAACAAGACACCCUUAUAAAACAGACAAAUGACUUCUUCUCCACAAUGGAUGUACGUCACAAGGAAGAGACAAGUGAAGAUGUGACCAAAACUAUAUAUGAUACAGUCACAAUGAAAGACAUGCUACUGACGCCUUGUUAUCAAGACUUUAUGGUUGCUUUUGCUAGCACUGAAGAGCACAUAGCUUGGUCAGAAGAUUCAGGUGGUGUAUUGUUGACCGCUAUGUAUAAUGUGUUCAAAGAGAAGAUAAAAAAUAAACAAGACAUUGAUCUGUUGCCAACCAUGACCGAAGUCUGCAGCAAAAUGAUGGACUACAAGUCAAAUUUCACUGAUCAACGGUACGACAGAUCUAAGGCUGUUAUGUGUCUUCUUCAUAUGUUAGGAGAGGAAAUUAUCUUUAAACCAAAAUACUAACUUAUUUAUAUUUCUGUACCAACUUUCUGAUUCAGUCAGAUUGCAUAAUGAAAUCCCUUUAUAUGUGCUAUAUUUUUGUGAAAGGUUAUAAGCUUUUGGUGCUAUUAGAUUGUAAAGUACAUGUAUUGACAUAUAUUGACAAAGUAUGUUGUUGCUGGUGUAAUUGUAACAUUCAUGAUAAAAAAAAAAUCUUCAUUAAAAAAAUUUAAAAUGUCACAGGAAUUUUACUGAUUAAAAAAAAAAAAUCAGCAGCUGCUUUUUUCAAAACAAAUACAUUUAAUCCACACUUUUGAAAAUAUAUGAAUCAAAAACUUGAGUUGCAUUUUUUCUCUUUUCUGCUUGAAAUAAUGGUAUAUGUAUCUAUAUAAAAAUUAGAAUAUGUGGUAUGAUUGCCAAUGAGACAACUAUCCACCAAGGUUCAAAUGAAGUGGAUGUAAGCCGUUAUAGGUUACUGUAAAUUCAGAAAUUAAUGCGAGGUUUUUAUUAUUGCGAAAAAUGCGACUGAGUUGUAAACGCAAUAAUUUAAACUUGUAUUGUGAAAUAUUUUAUAAGAAUUUAACAGGAUUUUUCUCAAAAUUGUAAAAAAUGAAAAUCGCAUUUAAGUCUAAAUUGACAAAAUCGCAAUAAUAAAUGCACGCAAUAAUUUCUGAAUUUACAGUAUUGAGAAAACUCUGAUACCAUAUUGUAAGCUAUAAAAGACCUGGGUAUGAGAUUCAAUUUAGAAAACAAAUGGUCUAAUUUAUUAAUAAAUAAUUUAUGAAAAACUUGUACACUGUAUUUUAUUUUUUUGUUUCUAAAAUUUCAACUUCUGGUGGUUUUACAUAUAAAAUUAUUUAUAGAUUCUGCCACAGUACUUUAUGAUAUCUAUGCAUUUGUUAAAUUUUCACACCUGCCAACUUUUGAAAUCCCUUCAACAUUUUUGAGAGUUACAAUUUUUUGUCUUUUUUUUGGUUUGCAUGUGCUGUUUAUUUUUUUACUUUGUUUUACAUUAUUACACUUUUAUUCAUAUAGUGUAUACUGAUGAUGUACUUAAUAACCUGUUUCUACUUUUCAUGUGCAUGUUUCUUUUACUUAUAUAUAAUUAUAUGUGUAUAAAAGUUAUAUGUGUAGCUAAAAUAUCAGCAAAAUAUACAGAUCAAUAAGUGACUUGACCAUUUCCAUUUAGAAAUAUGGAAAAGGAAUAUAGAAAAAAAAAAGACAUUUAUGGCUUUAUCUCAUAUUUUUGUAAAAAAAGAACACUAGAGUAUACUUCAUUGACUUUUUUUAAACAUGAUUAACACUUGAAAAGUCUGCAGAUGCAUAUACAAAGUGUAAAAUAAGACAUAAGAGCAACUAAUUAAUUUUACGUAAAAUUAGUAAGAUCAGUUCUGUAAAUACUUAUGGCAAAAUAAUAGUCAAAUUCAAAGGUAUAUUGGAAAUUUGAAAAAUUAUUGCAUGCAUUUAUAAUUGCUAUUUUGAAAUAACAGACCAAAAUGUGAGAAUAAAUAUUGUGAUAAAAGGAAAAGCUGCAUAAAAUGAUUUCUCACUGCUAGUUUUUUUUUAUUGCAAUACUCAGUCUCACAAAGUCAGGUUGAAUAUAUUUAGCAAUAAUAAAAACCUUGAAAUAAUUUAUGAAUUUACAGUAUACAUUAGACAUAAAGAACGUCAUUUGUUUAAAACAUUGACUUGUGAACAUGUUUUAAUAAAAAUAACACAACUACAAAGUAGUCAAUGUUAAAAUUGGACCUAUAGCUCUCCUAUUUAAAAAUAACUACUAAGGUUUACGAACUUAAUAUACAAUGUAUUUAAUGUACAAUUUUUACAAAUUUAAAUGCACAAUUUUAUGUUUGUUUUAAAGUUGACAGUUUAUAAAUCUUAGUACUGUAGUACUAUAAAGUAGACUGUGAUAAAAGACAACAUUGCAAUAUAGGAUAGUACAAAACAAACUCUGUCUAAACAUAUGGCUAUGUCUUUAUAGUUGACUGUAUAUUUUUCAACCGGAAAUACUUGAUUUUUUCUCCAUUUCUUGAAUAUAACAAACAUGUGCUUAAAAAAUCCUUUUAAUUCAUAGUUGCUUUUAUAAAAUAAAUAUGCGUUAAUAAUAUUUAAUAAUGUGAUAACAGCACUUGUUACAAAAACCAUUAUGAUAAAUAUUAUCAAAAAUGAUAUAGGAUUUGAUGUGGCAGGGAUCUUGUCAGAGGCUAGGGUCAAGAAGAUAACAAAUGAUAAGAGUAUUGUUAUUCCAUAUCCAAGUCUUUCACCACAUUCAUGUGGCAGUAAAAACACUAGCGGAUUUAGAAGUGAAAGAAGAGCCACAGGUAAAAA